AUGUAUUCGCUGGAAUUGCACCUUGACGACAAAGCCCACAGCUUCAACAGCGUCCAUGUGGCAGGCUCGUUCAACGACUGGUCGCAGACGGCAGACGCAUUAGAGUACGACGCUGUAGGCACCAGGUGGGCUACCCGUCUGAAACUGAACAAUGUCCGUGUGGGGGAUAAAUUGCUGUAUAAAUUUGUUGUCAACGAGCAGGAGUGGGUUUGCAACGACCAAGAGGCCACAGAGACAAACGAGCUGGGCACACAGAAUAACGUUGCCGUGAUUACAGAGGCCAUGGAGGAGCCGGAUUCCACAGUGUCGUCUGCUUGGGUCGAGGUGGAGAACCACCAGGACGAGCUAGAGGAAGCAGCCAGGGACGUGCAAGAACACGAGACCGCGGCUGAGUCGGCGCCAGAACCGAAGCACGUGUCGCACAGGAAAAACUACUACUCGUGGCUGGUUUCGGUGGCCGGACUGCUGGAGUCGCUCAAAUGGUUUUUCAAGUGUUACCUCGUGUCGAUAUUUACCAAUAAGGGAGCAAAUAGCCAGUGA